AAGUUGGAAAACAAAUAACACACUCCUAACGACCUCACUCGUUUCAACACAGCCGAGCGUAGCGAUAAGCAGGCUUGCUCGAGGGGUUGUCUUAUUUGUCGAUGAUUGCGGCCGGCUGACGCACAUCUAUGCGCGCGAGACUGUCCGGAGGGCCAGAGGAACUUCCCUGACUUCUCACAGACUAAAUUCGAUUUGACUAGACCACACGGCUGGCGCGUGUACGGAUGGGUAUAUUUAGCAGUAUCUCUAGCACAACCUUUGACCUUUUCGUGAAAGGGGAAGAGCAUUUUACGGGGAAUGCGUUUAGUGAAAGAAGAGAGGAGGGGGACGAUUCGAGUGGUUUCAACUGCUUACACGACCUGCUGUACCACAAGUGAAUACUAUCAAAGUUGGCAACACUUUAGCCUUCCGAAUCCGAAUCCGAAGUUUCCACCCGUUGUUCGUCGUCGUUCUGUCUGCUGCUGCUGCAGUCGUUACUGUUGUUGUUCAUGUGCUGUUUGAGAGAUUAAACCUUUAUCCCUUGUUUAUUUAAUAAAUUUAUGGAUAUUCUGCAAAUUUUAUUGAUGAUUACUGAUAGAUAAAGUGAAGUCCUUUCUCUCUCUGUACUUGUGCGAAAAUCACAUCGUGAUGUGGACUUCUCAGACUGUGCAUAACCUUCUUUUUAUGAGUAAACAAAUAUAUAAACGACACUCGUUCUACUGUGCUGAGUGGAAUGCAUUGUGUAGUCAUAGCAAGUGACAGAAAAACCUUGCCAUUUGUUUUCUAAUUACGAUCAAGAUGAUUAUAAUACCAACAGGUUCAGGCUUAUCAUCGCGCCUUGAUGUACCUUCUGACCAAAAUUUAGAUGAGCAAAGUGAAGAUGACAUUCACAUUUGUGGGGCGUGCAAAAGACACUUCAAUGACAUAUUUCUGUUCAUGCGCCAUAAGAGUGAAAACAACUGCAGUUCUAGACUUAAUAAGAAGUCACCUGAAACAGUUCCUUCUAGAACAUGCUCUGAGGGAGGCAAUCCAAUCUUCUCUUCACUUGAAGGAUCUAGCAACCGUUCAAAACGGCCUGAAACAAAGUAUACUAGAGUUGCUCUAGUCAAUACAGAAGCCUUUACUAUUCAAAAAGAGGAUAGUUUUAAAAAGUCUGCUACAAACUGUGAAGAGAGAGACGUGACAACACAUCCUCCUCAUCUACUUUUGGCUGAUCUCGCUAGCCAAAGGCUGGACCUUUUAAAUCAGGAUGAGAACUCAACAGACAAGACUGGAGGAAGUGAUAUUACUUUGGAAGAUGAUUGGGAUUCUUCAUGGUCUGCGGCCAAAGUUUUGGGCACAUUUAGUCUCUCUAAUUCCCUAAGGAAGCUCCAGAGUCAGAAUCUCUCUCCAUUAAAAGAGGUCUGUGCCAAAUCAAUGGCUCCUAAAGAUGGCAAUGUGCAGGAGCAGCCAGAACAUCAGGUUAUUGAUCAGGAGCAGCUCCAGAGUUGUGAAGAAAGUGCUGUGCUCUCAAUUCCUAAUGAGAAGCACAUUGACAGUCAGAUCCACUCUGUUGAAGACUGCCAUGCUCAGGAGCGCUUCAUCGGCCCUCAUGGUGGAUUGCUUGAUGUGGAAGACGUUGAGGUUGCCACAUUAUUAGCUAAUCAUCUCACUAAUGAGCCCAGUCUUCAAAUAUAUCCAAAUGCUUCUGAGUCGUUCUUAUCAUAUAGUAAUUUGCAAAAUCAGCUUGUUAUUCAAGACACUACAGAAACUUUGAGCUUUGAAAAUGAUGAUAAUAGAGACAAAGGUACUGACCAAAAUUCAACAGAUGAGAAAAGUGGUGGGAAAAAGUCAAAAGAAAUAAGAAAUGAGCCUCGCUGUAAAAAUGCAAAACCUACAAAGAAACGCAAACUUCAUUCUUGUCCCAAUGAUGGAUGCACUUUCCAGGGAACCUCAGUGAGAGACUUAACUCGGCAUAUAAGGAAACAUACAGGAGAGAGGCCUUUCAAAUGUACUGAAUGUGAAAAGACGUUUACCCGAAGAGAUAAACUGUCUGCACAUCUUCGUUGUCAUGGGAAUGUUGAGAAGACAUUUCAAUGCAAUGUCUGCGAGUUUGCUUGUAGGGAGCACAGUAGCCUGAUCAUACACAUGCGCCGCCAUACCGAUGAAAGGCCUUACAAGUGCCAAAUAUGUGAUCAUAAAGCUCGCACAAAAUCUCAUCUUAAUGUCCAUCUCAGAAAACAUACUGGCGACCAUCCAUACAAAUGCAAGAAGUGUGGUAAGGCAUUCACUACUAGUUCUGAUCUGACCCGCCACGCAAGACUUCACACUGGUGAUAAACCAUUUGCUUGCCCACACUGUAGCUAUGCUGCUGCCCUGAAAACAAGCCUUAAAACUCAUAUUCAACAAAAUCAUAUGCCUGGAGUUUCUCUCAUCUGCCCCAAAUGCAACAUGCAAUGUCAGUCUCGCAAAGACUUGCGGAUACAUAUAAAAUCACAUAAAGAUGAUUCCAAGCAUUGUAGUAAAUGUGAUUUCAUUGGCUCAACCAACACUGCAUUGAAAAAACAUUUCAAGAUACAUACACCAGAGAAGCUUAAGCAAAGUCCACUCCUCAAUGGCAAAAGAGGUAUUCUUAAGGGUCAUCAGAAGAAGAAAUACUCUCCAAAGAAGCAGAAGAAACCUUUGGAAGUUUUCUCUGAUGUGUACAGCUGCACAUAUUGUAGCGCAUCGUUCUGGAGGGAGGAUGCUCUUGAAGAACACAUCCGCCAGCAUCAGCUUGACGAGCUAGUUGGGGCUCGCGCUCCUGAUCCUGUGCUUGCUGAUAGUGCUGACAGCAGGGACAGUAAUGACAGCACAAGUAUGGAUGUGACUUGUGGUCUGGCAGGAUUAGCAGCGCUUGCUUCUUACCACAGUGCUUCAGAACAUGUGUCGUCAGAACAGCAGCCUACAUUUCUUUAUCGAUAUAUUUCUGGAUCACAAAGUAAUGAAAGCAAUGAUAAUCUGCGUAAUGCUGAAAUUCUGGCUUCUCUUAAUCAAAGCUCUGGAGCUUUGCCUCAAUAUGUAGCAAUUCAAACAGAGCAGAAUACUUUAGUUGAUGCUUUGAACUGUAUACAGUAUGUCUUACCCAGCCCCUUAGGGACCCUUGACGACAAUGACAAUGCAACAUCUUUGCUAUGCUAGUCAAAUGUCGUGGAAAGACGUGCUAGAAUUUUGUUAUUGUUUAAGGACUUUUAACAGUUUUAUGUUCUUCAAAAACUAGUCAGACCUAUUUAUUACAUAGACUUUUCAAGUACAGAUUUUUUUCUGUCCUGAACGAUAUUUGCUAAUGAUCAAGGUCAAGGUGCACCCUGUAAUCUGUUAAAAGUUCUAAAUUUCUGUGAUAUGUUUGGUGUGUGGUGUGUCAGUGGUUCUGUUAUAACUUAUAUUCAUGUUGACAAUUUUGUAUCAUAUGUUUAAAACAUUCAGUGCGGCGCGGCCACAGCAUAGUCACACUUCGUCGGUUUUCCAGUCCCGAGGAUGCAGUGCCGCACUGGUUGUGUUCGCAUUUGUCUGUGAAAUUUUUUUUCAACUACCUAUGGCAUUUAAUCUUGCUAUAUAAAUGUAGUAGAUUAAUUAUAUUUUUUAUGUGGUAUAUUUGUUUGUGAAAGUACUGUACUUGGGUUUUUCUGCGAUGGCCAAAGCUGAAUUUGGCUUGUCACAAACGACUGAUUAUGUUAUUAUUUUCAUGUAAAGUUCUUGUGAGACCACAGGCUGCGCACUUUUUGGUAUUAGAUUCAUACAUCUAACACUGAUUCUAAUAAAGAUAAUUUAGAUAUGCAUUCAA